GAGCUUUCAUCACAUCUUUUACGACAGGUGAAUCCCAAAGCAACUUUGUUAGUAUCUAUCGCGCAAUUGAGCGGAUGAAAUCUCCAUAUCGUUGUCUCACCACACCUUUCAAUAUCCUUGCCUGGGGAGCAAGUCUUGCAUGCCCGUAUUUGCACGGGGAGCCACGAGGGCCUCCCCGAUUGGGCACAUUGCUGUUACACGCACUUUCUACCAACAUGUAACCCCGCUCUCCGUUCAAAGACCGCGACACCUCCAUAUACCCCAUCUCUAUCGGUCUGUAUAGGACCCCCUCAAACCGUACAUGGCUUUCUCACGCGAGAUCUGGACUUUGCUCGCUAUCCUCCUAAUAGGAUAUGCUUUCAUAUCAAGGCUCCGCACUUGGUUCCGCCUGCGCCAUAUUCCAGGCCCACCUUUCGCUGGGUUCUCGAAAGCCUGGCUCCUCAGGAAGGCAAUAGGCGGUCGCUUCCAUCUAGAUACGGCUGAAGUGUGCGAGAAAUACGGUUCACUCGUGCGACUCGGCCCAAAUGAGCUCUUCACGAGCGAUCCCACAAUUUUGAGGCGGAUGUCCGCUGUUCGGUCACCCUAUCGGAAAUCGGAAUGGUAUGACGGUGCACGCCUUGAGCCGGAAUACUUCUCCAUGUUCUCGGAGAUGAACGAGGAACGGCAUUUGGAGCUUCGAGCAAAGUGCGCCGUGGGAUAUGCCGGCAAAGAUAAUGAGUACCUGGAGAUGUCCAUCGACGACAAUAUCGCUAAGCUCGUGCAAUUCCUAGACUCUAGAUAUGUGUCUACAUCAAUGGAAUUCAAGCCCGCGGACAUGGCUGCCAAGUUCCAGUUUCUUACUCUUGAUAUUAUUUCUAAAAUCGCGUUCGGGACAGCGUUUGGAAAUCUAGAGGCUGAUGAUGAUGUGAGCUCGUAUGCGAAGACCAUGGAGGAUUUGUUUCCCUUGGCUACCCUGCUCGGGACCUGGCCUGCGCUCGCGAAGGUGUUCUUCUGGAAACCUCUCCGGCGGUUCCUCCCGAAAGAGACGGACACCGUUGGUAUGGGCAAAUUAAUGGGGAUUGGGAAGCAAGUAGUCGCGGAGAGAUUCGGUCCAAAUAAGAAAGUCAAGCGGGACAUGCUGGGCUCCUUUCUCGCUCACGGCCUCACGCAAAGGGAAGCACGGUCCGAGUCUCUUCUCCAAAUAGUAGCAGGCUCCGACACCUCCGCAACAGCCAUGCGCGCCACCCUCCUGCACAUCAUCACCAACCCCACCGUCCAAGCAAAACUCCUUAACGAGCUCUCCUCUUCCAACCUAUCUUCCCCCAUCACCGACGCCGAAGCCCGCAAACUGCCUUACCUACAAGCAGUCAUCAAAGAAGGGCUCCGCAUCUCCCCUCCCGCCACGGGCUUUAUGUCGAAAACCGUGCCCAUUGGCGGCGACACUCUUCGCGGGUUGUUCGUACCUGAAGGAACGAUGAUUGGCUGGAGUCCAUUUGGAGUGAUGCGGAAUCAGAUCUUGUGGGGGGAAGAUGCGAUGGUUUUUCGCCCCGAGCGCUGGCUUGAAGGGAACCCGGACCAGAUUGCAAUGAGAGAGUUUGACGUGGAGUUGUGUUUUGGGUAUGGGAGGUAUCAGUGCCUUGGCAAGAACAUCGCGGGGAUUGAGCUGAAUAAGGUUUUCGUUGAGCUGCUACGUAACUUUGAUUUCCAAAUCGUGGAUCCCACGAGCCCGUGGAAGUGCUUUAAUGCUGGCUUGUUUCUGCAGAGUGAUUUUUGGGUGAGGGUUACGAGGAGGGUGCCGAGUUUCUGACUUUCUAAUUAUUUGCUGGCAAUGAGGUGAAAACUGUGUGCAAUGCAUAUCUUUCAUUGAUGCGGUCGGUGGUGGCAAUGCUUCUUUUCGAGUGGCGGGCGCGAAUCUGAUCAUUUGGGAGCUUCGAGAGGAAGUGCAGCCCUCCUUUCGCUUCUUUUUCCAGCUUGCACUUUGCAAUGGGGCUUCUU